UCGUGAACACAGGCCAAAGUCGCGUUACAUUACCGACUUCGUCAAGCACGCGACGACCGCCUUCUCGGGACCUCUAAGCAUCCUUGGAGCAAUGACGUCGAAGCAAGAGGCAUGCACAUAUCCUUGUAUAGAUCAGACCCCGGCGUCCGCACACGCGCCAUGUCUUGACGUUCCCGUGGUCACCCCCGUCCACGUCUUCAACUUCUUGCAGCACAGCGCGUCCAGGUCCAUCGUGUUGGACAUUUCCAAGUCGUUUGACAAACCUCCCAAAAUGGUGUUGGCGGUCUCGUUCUCAACAGACGAUAGUACAGCCCGCUCCUGUGAGUUUGACCAAGAGACUGCCGCGCGGUUGACGGACGUCCGACUGACCCACGUGUUCGUCAUGGGCAAUCCAUCCAGCCCCCAUUUCCACCAAGAUUUGAGUGUGGUGUACGCAAGACUACUAGACACGCGUGGUACCGUCCCGCCAGCGCUGUGCAUCCAAUAUGUCGAUGCUGCAAUACUCGUCGACAUGUUUCCACUCGUGGAGCCCCCACUCGUGAGCCUCAUCGAGACAUCAAGGGGGUGGAUCUUCCUUGGCAACAACCUCCACGCCCAGAACGACAAGGUCGUGAACGACCUGGCCAUCCGCAGCAUCGUCAACUGCUCCAGCACGAUCCAGGAGAGGACAUUCUCGCAUGUAGACUACUAUGACGUGACCGUGUCCACGGAGAACCCCGAGGAAAGCACGUUCAAGGCGUUCGACGAGGCCGUGGCGUACAUGGAGAGCGCUCAGUCGCGCGUGCUCGUGCACAGCACGUACGGCCGGUCUCGGUGCUGCACGUUGGUCGUGUACUUUCUCAUGAAGACCGAAAACAUGUCGCUGGUGGACGCGUACCACCGCGUGCUGUCGAGUCGGCCCAACAUGAUGCCCCGGGACGCCAUCCUGGACAUUCUGCUGCAAAAGGAGCGCUUUCUGUUUGGCACAAGCAGCUUUGACGACGAAGACGGCCGAAACAGGUGCAAGCACAUGACGCGAGGGGGGCUGCUGUCUCGCGAAGGCCAGGCGCGCCUGACUGCCGCGAUAUCCAACAUCCACGACACGGAAGUCCGCCACUUGGCCGCCAAGAACAAGCCAAUUCACCACCCCGCGGUCAUCCACGAGUCGCCGACAGCACGACUAUCGAGCAAGAGUAAGCGCACCGUGCCCGAGUCCAGCGUCACGUGCCGCUGGCUGUUCAACCGAUUGCAGUCCGGAACCGGUAUGCUGCUGCUGGACGCCCGAAGUCGUGCGGACUUCGACGACAACUGCAUUCCCACGGCCAUCUCAAUCCCCGCCACCCACACGGCCACGCUGGACGCCGUUGAAAAUGCGCUGCUGCCAGAGCAGGCGCACCUCUUUACAGCGAAAAAGCGCAAACUCCGAGAGGUGGUCAUAUACGGGUACGCUGUCAAGGUGUCGUUGAAAGAGCUCAAGCCGUGGAUGUACGUCGUGGGCAGUUUGGUCGUGGCCGAAGGACUCGUGUCGAGUGUGCGGUACCUCGAGGAUGGCUUCACGACGUUUCACUUUCGGUACCCGUUUUAUACAUCGCAGUUUUUAUUCGCCAACACGAUCGACGACGACGACGACCGCCACCACCACCACCUGCUGGCGCGGACGCAAAGCGGUACCCACAACGUCAACUACCCGAAUGAAAUCCUAGACGGGUUUCUGUAUCUGGGCAACAUGUGGCACGCGCAGUCGCCCAGCGUGGUCCGGAACCUGGGCAUCACGCACAUUGUAAACGCCAGCCUGGACACGACCAACGUGUUUGACAAGGCGGGCGUCUUGUACCUCGAAGUCAAGAUCAAGGACGACAUUCACGCGAAUAUUGGUGCCUACUUUGAGCCCACGUAUCGCUUCAUUGAAGCUGCCAAACAGAGGCAGCACAGCCGCGUGUUGAUCCACUGCACCCAAGGCAUCUCACGGUCCGGCACUCUCGCUAUUUAUUACAUCAUGCGCGCACAGCGGUGGUCGUUGGUGACAAGCGUCAACUAUUGCAUUGCGAACCGAGGCGUGUGCUUCCCCAACCAGGGGUUUCUGCAGGCACUCAUGGUGGAAGAGCGCAAGCUGUACCUAGCCAACAGCCUCUCGACCCACGAGCUCGACCUGCUGCUGGGCAACGCACUGCCCGACCGUCCGGUGCCGAAACCCGCGCUGCCACCGUCGGACGCAUACGGGUCGUCCAAGCAACUCGUGGACCUCUGCCACACUUGCAAAAAACUGUUUUCGUUCUUCGACUGGCGCCACCGGUGCGGGCUGUGCAAGCUCAUCGUGUGCAGCAAGUGCUGCAGCAGUCGCCUCAUCUUGACCGACAGCUUGCAACACGACCGAGCCGACGUCGGCCGCGUGUGUGAUCCGUGCGUCGUGCACCUCUGGGCCAUCCAUCUCCCGCUGCCGUUCCGCCUCAACUUCAACCUCUUUGCCGACAAACACGUGGACCGGCGCACCCUCACCGUCAAGAGCCCGAGCUUGCAAAGCCAGUCGCUGACCGUGUCGUACAUUCCCGGCACAGAAGCGCACGUGUUGAUGAACAUCCUUCGAAAACGUUUCCAAGUUCGCGAGUACGAACUGCUCGACGUGACGGGCGACGGCGUCGGCUUGGACGCGGCGUGGAGUUUGCAGCCGCGAAGCGUGCUCGACCUCCCCGACAAAGCCGUGCUGUUUGCGUGCAUCGGCGAGUCGGGCUCGAUUCCGCAUCGGUCCAACUCGUCCCGCGGCCGGUCGAAUGGGAACGCCAUGUCCCGCCACCGCCUGCACCACGAGCAGUCGUACUCGACGCGGUCGCUGCCGUCUGAUGACCGGCAUGCAGCGCGGCGGUCGCGGUCGUUUUCAGAAGGGCGGGCGUUGGCGCUCCAGGAAUCUCUGCGACAGCGUGAAAAAGGCAGCCGCAUCGAGAUGCAUUCGACCGAGCCGAUCAACGGCAACGUGCACGCGCUGGUCCAAGUGCCCACAAGGGACUUCCACCCGCCUCCGAGUCCCUUUGUAGAUGAGAACCGAUUCUCGGAAUUGUGGAGGAUAGCUUUUCCGCGGUGUUCAGUCAUUCCGCGAGACGUGCUCCUGGGCCUGGACACCGACACCCUCAUGGAGCUCAUGCUGGGCAUGGCAUAUCUCAGCACGAAAUUGGCCACGGCAUCCCCCGCCCCCGAACUUUGCACCUUGCUCGACACUUUGUUUAACGAUCUCCAAAUGUCGUCGACCUCGAGACGCCUUGUGCAGCAAUACAUGGAGCUUUAACGCCAUAGCUAGAAGCUAGCCACUUUUGAAUCAAAGGUGUCUUGGAUUUAGUCAGA